GAAGAAACAUUCCUGUCAAAGGAUCCUACAAAUAAGAACAAAGCUGCUUAGGUGUUGACAUUCCAGGAGGGAGAGAAGAUGGGCUGUCAUCUCCAUGCAGUCAUGAUUCCUGCAGUGAUUUCAGCACUCCUGCUUUGGGAGGGUGUCCAGUGCAGGACCAGGGAGUACAGCCUGGAAGUACCUUCUCAGGUGACUGUGCAAGACGGGCUCUGUGUGCUCAUCCCGUGCAAUUUCACUUAUCCUGUGUCACGUGAUGACCGGCAUGCCCACUUGUACGGGUAUUGGUAUGUGGAAAACCAGCAAAGUAGGCGGCCACGUUUAGUGGCCACUAACAAUCCAAAGAGAAUUCCGGAGAUAAACCCUCAAGUUAGACGUCGUUUCGAAGUGUCAGGGCCAAAACUGAAUUCAGGCGACUGCUCCCUCACCAUCAAUGAUGCUCAAGCAGCUGACCAGGCAACUUACCACUUCCGAAUGGAGAAAGGCCACAAACGCUGCAGUUACUCUGCAGCAAAAGAAAGAUUAUCUGUCAUCGUGACAGAGAGAAAACUGGACAUAACUAUUUUUGAACCGCUAAGAGCAGGACAAAGAGAAAGCAUCUUUUGCAAAACCCAAAGAUGUUCUUCCUUGGAGGUUCCCGAAAUUACCUGGGAACAUGCUUCUCAGAUAUCACCCUUGGAGACCUCCCCGACUGUGAACCACAACAGUGUGGAGGAGCGCAUGGAUUUCAUACCCACGGCUGCAGACCGUCUGCAAAAUGUCACCUGUAAAAUCACCUACGGAGAAGGGUCCAGCCGUCGGAGCGUCGAGAAGACGGUCACACUCAACAUACACUAUCCCCCCAGGGUAUUGCCGUUCAGUGGGUACCUUCAAAUUCCUCGAGGAGAUGUGCAGAACUUCCCAGAUGUCUCAGACAGCCAGAUUGUUACAUGGACAGAUGAUUCUCUCCUGGUACGUUGUGAGGCAGAUGCCAACCCCCCCAGCAAUCAGACCUGGGUGAGGAUACCUAGCCACUCAAGUCGGCUGCACAUCUCAAAUAAUGAACUGAAGAUUUCAAGACUGAGGUUGGAAGACACAGGCAAAUAUGAGUGCCAGGCCAGGAACCAAGAAGGUACCUCUCGGGCAUCCUUCUACCUUCACGUACAAGAUUUUGAUGACUACGCUCCAAUGGCAGGGCCAUAAAGCCAGGAAAAGGCCCACUAUGUCAACAGUGAAACCAUUGUCAUUUUCCGGAACAUCCAAGGAUACCUGAGACUGCCUUUCCACGCACUGCAUCUUCUGUGCUAAGGGUUAAAGGGCUGAGGGCCCUCUAUUCUUGUGCUACCCCAGUCUCACACUUUGAUUAUUGACUUGAUUCUUCCCACCCAACUCUCCCGUACCCUAUUCUGUUUCUUUACUGCCAAAUCCGUACCUUUUCCGAAACCGGCCUUAACUGUCUAUUGUAGAUCGUAAGACUUCAGGGGAGGGACUGCAUCAUUUCCAGGGUCACCACAUACUGUAGUGGUUCAGUAACUCCCAAUGGCAGAGACAUUUGUAGGACUCACAGAAAAGUCCCACUGUAGACUUGGUGAUUCCCAUGUCCUUCAGCCACAGGUUGGUUCUGCAGUGCUACCUUUCAGGCUCACGGAUGAAAACAAAACACCACAUUGAAAUGACGCUCUCCCAUUCUUGCUUAAACCUCACCAGCUUGUGUUGACCUCCAAAGCCAUGAGAUCCUGAAGCGUUCCUGUGAAAUCACCAUAAAGCAGGCCUAAGCUGAGCCUAUCACAAGAACAGCGUGAUGGAUGGGACUAUUUUGUCCAUUCAAGCAAAGGCAAGAAGAUGCUGCUUCUCCCUUCAUUAGACUAUUUUGUUCUAGCUCUCUUAUCUUCCCCUCUCUCCAGUUGUCCUGAUGGGCUUCCGUGACUCCUCUCUCUGCAUAGGGAGGAGUCCAGGCCCUUGAGCAAUUGGGCUACAGAGCCCACUGUACCUAUGAAUUAAAUGGAACUUUAAGAAAUAUAGGAAAACUUACUUUAAUGCAUCCUGUGCUAGGUGUAACAGCAGGAGGAGAUGUGGGCAAACCAUUUGCCAUUCAGAUAUAGCCCUUUGCAUUUGUCCUGCAAAUCUUGUGCUUUUGAUGGCUUUGUCUAAAGAGGCACUUAUUCCAAGUUUUUCUCUUAAUGUUAUCAUGUUCUUCAUUUUGCCAUAGCUUUUUGUAAUCAAUAGCGUUGGGAUUGUCCUUGGCUGUAUCAUUAAUCAGUA